GAAGAAACUUGUAAGGGCGAAGGCAGCUGUCUUGAGACUGUGGACAAGCGAGCCAUCUCAUUCUCCUUUUUAAGCUGCUCAGUGCUGCAUGGUCACUGGACACCAAAUUGUGAGGUCCCUCUCAUUUCAUCUCUCUCAGGUAAGAAACCUUUUUAUCUCACUACUUCCAAUGUAGUUUAAUGGUUGAAUCAGGAAGCCGCUGGCUGGCUCAGCCAAUCGCAAAACAGAGUGGGAAACACGCCACACAUAUUUCUCUCGCUCUGUUUUUGUGAAUGGAGAACUACGUCUAGGCUGAGCUCUAAGAUGAUGCUCGUAGCCUAUCAUUGGGGCUAAGAAAUAUCAAUGUAUUUAUUUAUUUUUAUUAUUUUUAGAGAACUCUUUUUUUUUUUUUUAAAUAAACUGCUUAAGUUGUGUCUUUUUUCAAGAAUAAUUUUUUAUUUUGCAGGAAGAAACCUGUAAGGGCGAAGGCAGCUGUCUUGAGACUGUGGACAAGCGAGCCGUCUCUCAGUCUCCUUUUCAAGCUGCUCAGGGCUGCAUGGUCACUGGACACCAAAUUGUGAGGUCCCUCUCAUUUCAUCUCUCUCAGGUAAGAAACCUUUUUAUCUCACUACUUCCAAUGUAGUUUAAUGGUUGAAUCAGGAAGCCGCUGGCUGGCUCAGCCAAUCGCAAAACAGAGUGGGAAACAUGCCACACAUAUUUUUCUCGCUCUGUUUUUGUGAAUGGAGAACUACUUCUAGGCUGAGCUCUAAGAUGAUGCUCGUAGUCUAUCAUUGGGGCUAAGAAAUAUCAAUGUAUUUAUUUAUUUUAUUAUUUGUUUUUAGAGAACUCUUUUUAAAAAAAAAAAAUAAACUGCUUAAGUUGUGUCUUUUUUCAAAAAUAAUUUUUUAUUUUGCAGGAAGAAACUUGUAAGGGCGAAGGCAGCUGUCUUGAGACUGUGGACAAGCGAGCCAUCUCAUUCUCCUUUUUAAGCUGCUCAGUGCUGCAUGGUCACUGGACACCAAAUUGUGAGGUCCCUCUCAUUUCAUCUCUCUCAGGUAAGAAACCUUUUUAUCUCACUACUUCCAAUGUAGUUUAAUGGUUGAAUCAGGAAGCCGCUGGCUGGCUCAGCCAAUCGCAAAACAGAGUGGGAAACACGCCACACAUAUUUCUCUCGCUCUGUUUUUGUGAAUGGAGAACUACGUCUAGGCUGAGCUCUAAGAUGAUGCUCGUAGCCUAUCAUUGGGGCUAAGAAAUAUCAAUGUAUUUAUUUAUUUUAUUAUUUGUUUUUAGAGAACUCUUUUUAAAAAAAAUAAAUAAACUGCUUAAGUUGUGUCUUUUUUCAAAAAUAAUUUUUUAUUUUGCAGGAAGAAACUUGUAAGGGCGAAGGCAGCUGUCUUGAGACUGUGGACAAGCGAGCCAUCUCAUUCUCCUUUUCAAGCUGCUCAGGGCUGCAUGGUCACUGGACACCAAAUUGUGAGGUCCUUCUCAUUUCAUCUCUCUCAGGUAAGAAACCUUUUUAUCUCACUACUUCCAAUGUAGUUUAAUGGUUGAAUCAGGAAGCCGCUGGCUGGUUCAGCCAAUCGCAAAACAGAGUGGGGAAACACGCCACACAUAUUUUUCUCGCUCUGCUUUUGUGAAUGGAGAACUAUUUCUAGGCUGAGCUCUAAGAUGAUGCUCGUAGUCUAUCAUUGGGGCUAAGAAAUAUCAAUGUAUUUAUUUAUUUUAUUAUUUGUUUUUAGAAAACUCUUUUUUAAAAAAAAAAAAAAAUAAACUGCUAAAGUUGUGUCUUUUUUCCCAAAAAAAUUUUAUUUUGCAGGAAGAAACCUGUAAGGGCGAAGGCAGCUGUCUUGAGACUGUGGACAAGCGAGCCAUCUCAUUCUCCUUUUCAAGCUGCUCAGGGCUGCAUGGUCACUGGACACCAAAUCGUGAGGUCCCUCUCAUUUCAUCUCUCUCAGGUAAGAAAGGUUUUUGUUUUUUUGAAGAAAAUGAGCUGCAAGCUGUAUAG